UAAACCCCGCCACCUCCAAUAAUGAAGACCUUCAGUUGAAUGUUCUUCCAUGUGGCGAGGAUGAUUGCGUUCUUUUGCGCAAAGAGCCAGCCGAUGGAUCGCCUGAUUUCUUUUUUGUUUAUGGUUAUUUCUUCUUAGACUUGAAUAUCAAGCUUCCAUUCUCGCCUUUUAUAUGUCACAUUCUUUCUUUUCUAAAUGUGGCGCCUUGCCAACUCCAACCCAACGCCUGGGGUUUUAUCCGCUGCUUUGAAAUUCUUUGUGAACAUUUGAGUUUCACUCCGACCUACCCCUUGUUUUUCCUUUUUUAUAAGUCAGUCACCACUAAACCGACUUCGGUGAAAUGGGUUCCCCUUUUGGCCCGUAAGAACAUGAGCCGGUUCACCGCCCUUAAAAGCCAUUACAAAGUAUGGCAGAAAAAAUAUUUCAAAGUUAUGGAAUCGCCCGAGAUAAAGAACUUGUUCCGAGAUUCUGACAAUAAUCCCCUCUUCCCUUUUUACUGGACAAAAAACCCUCGCCGGAAAAUAUCCGUUUCAUAUGACGCCUUGGAUGAAUCUGAGCAAGGCAUCGCCGAUUACCUUCGCACACUACCAGUAAUCUCUGGUCAUGACUUGAUUGAGGCGUCGAAAUCCGGCACUUUAAAUCAAUUUUUUACUACGAUGGGAAAAGGCAAGGUUGACACUAACCCCUUGAAGCUGAAGGAUUACCUCGCCCAGUCUGCUGCGGCGGCCAAGAAAAGGGCCGCCGAUAAUGAACAGAAGAAAAAGAAUGAAGAUGCCUCGGGCUCUGAUACCGUCAGGGACCCCAAACGCCAAAGAACCUCAGGCUCUGCUGGUGGUAAACAUUCUCAUCAAUCAGCUGGCGAGGCUUCCAAAAGGCAGCCUGCAGAGAAAAAGAAGGGACACGACGCUGUCCCGCCACCUCACCAGGAUUCAAGCUUGCUGAUUAACCGCCCGCCAACUCCAUUUAGCCAAGCUGGCACUAGCUCAGCCAUUGGUGGCGAGGCUCCUCCCCCCUUGCUGAGUUUAAAUGAUCCUCACUUCAACGGGUUGGACUUCAUGACCCGUACUUUUGACAAUCGGGUCCACAAAGACAUUUCCGGUCAAGGUCCCCCAAACAUUGCUUCCUUGGCCAUAUUUCAUGCACUUUCCGCUGCCAGCACGGUGGCGGGAAUGGCCCAGUGCGUGAAAGAAGUGAUUUCAGCCAAGAAUCGUCUCGAGAAGAAGGCAGCCGAUUAUAAAACCGCCUAUGAGCGAGCUAAGGCUGAUGCUGAGACCGCCAAUAAGAAGCUGACAUCUGCUGAGGAAAAGUGCACUAAGUUAACUGCUGAUCUGGCGGCUUCUGACCUGCUUCUUCAGAAGACCAAGUCUCUAAAAGAAGCCAUCAAUGAUAAGCACACUGCUGUUCAAGCCAAGUGCCAAAAACUGGAAAAGAAGUUCAGAAUCAGGGCCAAAAACCACCACUCCCUCUUUCCCUCAACCCACCUCACCACACCACCGUGGUUCUUCCUCUCUCAUUCCACCCUCACCUCUCAAUCUCAAAUCUCUUCAUCAUCUUAA